AUGAACAAUUCCCUGGAUUAUUUAGCCUACCCUGUUAUUGUUUCUAAUCAUAGGCAAACCACAAACUUCAAGAAAAAACUGGACUUUGGCCACUAUGCAUCUCACAAGAAUAGAGUCCAAAUAGUGAAGCCUGCAGUUGAUACCAAACCUCCAGUGGCCCACACACAUCAUAUUUUAAAACUGAGCAAACUACAGGGUGAGCAAAGGAAAAUCGACAAAAUCGAGUAUGAAAAUAGGCAGCUGUGUCAGAAAAUUGCCAACGCUCAUCGAGGCCCUGCCAAGGUGGACUGCUGGAACGAAUAUUUUUCUAAAAGCCUAAAUAGAGAAACAAGGAACCGCGAGCUAGUGAGAAUCACGGUGGAAAACCAGGGCAUUCUGAAGAGGCUGGGUGACCGCAAACCCCACUACGACCGCAGGGCAUCGGAGCUAGACUGGCAGAAUUCAAGGCGUUAUAUCAGAAAUACAACAAAAUAUCUUGUUUCACAAGAAGAAUAGGUUACUCACCAUGGAAAAGAUACAAGAGAAAACCCUGGCCAGAAUGUAGGAUUUUUUUUUUUUUGGCUGCAUAGCAUCUCAAGACACUUCAGAAUGGCUGAAUGUUCAACCUCAGGAUGAUUCAAUAAAGCUCAGAACAUAAAAUGGGGCAGGUAUUGCAGAAAGAUGCAAUGGGCUUUUCUUUUAUUGGGUGUUAUGAAACAAGGGCAG